GUUCUUUGAGUCUAUAUCAGCACCCGAAUUGGUGUAGGACUGUAGGAAUAAUAAAUGAUCCAUUGAUAUUUCUUUGAAGACCAUUUCACGGUCGCCAAAACAUUUAUUUCGAUCUUGAAGUGUCUGUUUCUUACUAAAAUUUAAAUAAAAACUGCCCAUGUGCUGCACCUGUCAUUUUUUUAACACACAGAACUUGCUGCACAUUCAUAACCUCAAAUACAAACAUAUCGAAAAAUCACAACAGACGCCGCCGUUUAUGGGUUUCUUAACAACGCUGCAGGUGCUGAAAUGUCAACAAAAUUUUACACAUCUUGUAUUAAAAUUAGGGGCAUCCCGAUAAUACCCCCUUUAGUCACCCCAAAAGUUCGCGAAGAAUGCCUCGAAUACAAACGAAAAGCAAUCGAAUUAGAAAAAAAGCAAGAAAGGAGUAGAGUUUUCCAACAAUGUUUAGAGGACCUUGAGAGACUCCAAACCACAGAUUUGACGACAAUACCGAAACAUAAAACUCUUGAAAAUCAACUGACUUUUGUUGAAGAUAAUUCAGUCCAUUAUUCGUCUAGUCCUGUGCCUUAUGAUACUUAUAAAAAAUUACAGAAUUUAACAAGUGAGACUAUUGAUGUUAGUGAGUACAGCGAUGAGGGGGUGAAAGUCAUGAGUAAUGAAGAGAAAAACACCCCCCCGAAACUGAUUCGAAGUAACUCUUACACUUUGGAUAGUCCCAGCCCCAUUCUUUUGGCCCAUUUGGAGAAAGAGGCGCGGAAGUGUAUAGAAAUGGAAGAGAGUGAGUCUCAGAGUUUGUCACCAGUCACGGUCAUUGAUAGCGAGCGGGAGCCCCCUUUACAGGUUAUCGAAACGGACGUUUCAGUCCAGCAAGUUACAGUGACAACAGUGGAGCCCCAACUGAAGGAACUUCUCGACAAACUGCCCCAAGAACACGCCAGGAACAUACUCGAAAUUUUGAAUAAGCAACAAGAGGAACAGAAAAGUGUCUCAGAGAAGUUUACCACUUCUGAUAAAUCAAUGAGUGUCUCAAUAUCAAGUCAAUCUCUUUACUAUUCAGUAUUAUCAUCGGACACGACGCCGCCACACGCGAGCCCCAUCAACGUUGUUAAUCUUCGUAAUGUGAAAAAUAUGGACGAGAACAAGGCUGCGAGUGUUAUAGGGGCUGCUGUAAGGGGGUAUUUAGUGCGAAGACUGAUAAGGACUGAGAAGGUGCAAGGGCUGAUUGACACAAUAAAAGAUGCACUUUUAUGUGCUAUUCAAUUGCAUAAUGCCGACGUGAUUGAACCUGCAGAUGUCGAGCUUCAUCGACGACUCAUUCAGCAAGUUUCAGCUGCUUGUUAUGCAUUUCAUGACAUUUUUUUCACACUUUCGAUCAAAGAACAAAUGGGGGUUAUUACUAUGGAUAGACAACGAAAAAUUGAAAAGGCAAAGAGGCCCCUCUCGGCAACGAACUCAAACCUGUCGAUUUCGCGAAGACAAAGCGCUCGAAUGGUGCGAUGAUGGACCAAGUGGCUUAUCAAAAGACAAGCAAUGAUAUAUUUAUUUUUAUUAUUAUAUAACAAUAGCGAAUAUGACUAAAUAAAGUAGUAUUUUAUGAUUA